GCAAAGCCCGUGCACUCAACGUUAGCAAACUCCCCUAUACACGCCGCUGCCCGUCUUUCAUCCCCUCUACCCGCCCCUUCGCAAAGUCUUCUACUUCUAUUGCGUCUUGCAAAACAAGCCAGAACUCUGAAAUUCAGAUUGAACCUAAAGAGUCCUCUCUCUCUCUCUCUCUCUCUCUCUCUCUCUCUCUCUCGAUUCUGUUAUUGAAAGUUGGAGGAGAGUGUGGAGAGAGAAAGCUCGGGAAACGGCCAUGGAUCAGGAGCUACCGGAGGGUACGAUGCGUAACAUACUGGACCAGGAGAGUUUGAAAUGGGUCUUCGUUGGGGGCAAAGGUGGUGUGGGCAAGACCACUUGCAGUUCUAUCCUAUCGAUCCUUCUCUCGAGGGUUCGAUCCUCUGUUCUAAUAAUUUCGACUGACCCGGCUCACAAUCUCAGUGAUGCUUUUCAACAAAGGUUCACGAAGACCCCUACUUUGGUUAAUGGCUUCAGCAAUCUUUACGCCAUGGAAGUGGAUCCCAAUGUAGAGAAUGAAGACACGGGCACUGCUGACGGAAUGGAUAGUUUGUUUUCUGAGCUGGCUAAUGCGAUUCCUGGGAUUGAUGAGGCUAUGAGCUUUGCUGAGAUGCUUAAAUUGGUGCAGACUAUGGAUUAUUCUGUAAUAGUAUUUGACACAGCUCCAACUGGCCAUACACUCCGGCUACUGCAAUUUCCUUCGACAUUAGAGAAGGGGCUUGCUAAAAUGAUGUCCUUGAAAAAUAAAUUUGGCGGCUUAUUGAGUCAGAUGACACGUCUUUUUGGUAUUGAUGAUGAGUUUGGCGAGGAUGCAAUUUUGGGAAGGCUUGAGGGUAUGAAGGAUGUGAUCGAACAAGUGAAUAAGCAAUUCAAGGACCCGGAUUUGACCACCUUCGUCUGUGUUUGCAUUCCAGAGUUCCUCUCUCUGUACGAAACAGAGAGACUGGUGCAGGAACUCACAAAGUUUGAAAUUGAUACGCACAAUAUAAUCAUUAACCAAGUACUUUAUGAUGAUGAAGCUGUUGAAUCUAAGUUGCUCAAAGCAAGAAUGCGGAUGCAACAGAAGUACCUGGAUCAGUUCUACAUGUUGUAUGAUGACUUCCACAUUACAAAGCUGCCUUUGCUGCCCCAAGAGGUUUGUGGAGUGGAGGCUCUGAAGGAGUUUUCGCGUUAUUUUCUUUCUCCACAUCAACCUUUGGUCACCAGAGGCACGGUAGAAGAGCUGGAGCUGAGAGUGUCGACGCUGAGACUAGCGUUGGAAGAUGCGGAAGCAGAACUAGACAGACUCAGAAAAGGAAAACAAAAGGUCUGAGUGCAACACAUCCUGUUGCCUCCUUCCAACAGUAGUAGCCCUCUUUUUUAAUUCCUUUGUUUAUUGCUUACCCUUUGUUUACAAAGAUGCCCACCUGCCCAAGUACACUAGGCUGCGGAGAGAAGUCAUUUAUUUAUUCUAUGCUUUUAUUUUUGUUUUGUGUAACAUUAUUUUUUCCUAAUGAAUAAUUCACUAGUAUUGUGCAUGCA